AUGCCAAUUUCAAUAAAGGCUGAAGGGCAUAAUUGCAACUUGCAGGGAGCUGAACUUGUGCCACAAUUGUCGAAGGAUGGAGACAUAAUAAUUGGAGCGAUCUUUUCUCUACACAGGAAAACAGGCAACAGGGAUCUUAGCUACAAAAGUAAACCAGAGCCUCUACAGUGUGAAAGCUUAAAUUUCAGAGAACUCCAGUUUGCACAGACUACUAUCUAUGCUAUUGAAGAGAUAAAUAAUAACACUGAGUUGCUGCCUAAUAUUUCAAUAGGUUAUAAAAUCUAUGAUUCGUGUGCAUCUGUACCUGUGUCAAUGAGAGCAGUGAUGGCACUAAUGAAUGAACUUUCUUAUAACGACUCUUGUAAGAAGCCAUUUUUUGUCCCUGCAAUCAUAGCAGAGUCUGGAUCAUCACCAACCAUGGCAAUUGCAAAGACAGCUGGACCAUUUCAGAUACCAGUGGUCAGUCAUUUUGCAACAUGUGCCUGUCUGAGCAACAGACAUGAAUUCCCUACAUUUUUUAGGACUAUUCCCAGCGAUUUCUACCAAAGCAGAGCCUUGGCACAGCUAGUAAAGCAUUUUGGAUGGACUUGGGUUGGAGCAAUUAGAAGUGACAAUGAUUAUGGAAACUCUGGAAUGGCCACAUUCGUUCAAUCUGCCCAGCAAGAGGGUGUAUGUAUUGAGUAUUCAGAACCUUUUUUCAGAACAUACACAAAGGAAAACAUUUUGAGAAUUAUAAAUAUUAUUAAAAUGUCCACAUCCAAAGUUAUUGUUGCCUUCUUAGCACAAAGUGACAUGUCAGUUCUCUUACAAGAGUUAGUAAAAGAGAACUUAACAGACAUUCAGUGGGUAGGCAGUGAAGCAUGGGUUACAGACACAAACAUUGCCACAAAAGAAAACUGCCGCAUUUUGGGUGGCGCACUUGGAUUUGCAAUUCGCAAGUCAUGGAUACCAGGGUUAAAGGAGUUUUUGCUAAAGAUUCACCCCUCUGCAAUCACAGGAAAUGCUCUUUUAAAAGAAUUUUGGGAAACAACAUUCUGUUGUUAUCUGAAUGAUAAUAUAACUGCUGAUAUAAAAUCUGCAGGUAUGAGAGUAUGCACUGGAACUGAAAAUUUAAAUGGCAUUAAUAACCUUUAUACAGAUGUGACGGAGUUAAGAAUUUCAAAUAAUGUCUAUAAAGCAGUAUAUGCUAUAGCACAUGCAUUGCACAAUAUGUUCACCUGUACAUCCGGAGAAAAUCAUGAAAGCUGUGCCAAAAGUAUAUUCUUUGAGCCAUGGAAGCUUCUUCAUUUUAUGAAAAUGGUGAAAUUCAGAACUAAAUAUGGUGAGGAAGUAUAUUUUGAUGAAAAUGGGGAUCCAGCUGCCAUUUACGAACUAAUUAACUGGCAGCUUAAUGCCAAAGGAGAAAACGAAUUUGUCACAGUCGGUUAUUACGACGCAACAGUUACUUCUGGGCAGAAUUUUCUUAUCAAUAACAACAAAAUUAUUUGGGCUGGUGGAAAAAGAGAGUUGCACAAAUCCAUCUGCAGUGAGAGUUGUGUUCUUGGCACUCGAAGAGCUAUGCGGAAAGGCAAACCAGUCUGUUGUUUUGACUGCAUACCAUGUGCUGAAGGAGAAAUGAGCAAUGCUACAGAUUCAUCUGACUGCAUAAAAUGUCCUAUGGAAUACUGGUCAAAUGCAAAGAAAGAUAAAUGCAUUUUGAAAGAAACAGAACAUCUUUCUUUUGAAGAAAUUCUCGGAAUUCUUUUAACAGCUGUCUCACUCAUGGGAGUCUGUAUCACUCUAGCGACUGCCUUUAUUUUUUUCCUGUACAAACAUACUCCAAUAGUUAAAGCUAAUAACUCUGAGUUAAGCUUUCUUCUCUUAUUUUCCUUAACAUUAUGUUUUCUUUGUUCAGUCACUUUUAUUGGACGGCCAUCUGACUGGUCCUGCAUGUUGCGCCACACCGCUUUCGGAAUUGCUUUUGUUUUGUGCAUCUCAUGUGUUCUGGGGAAAACAAUAGUGGUGUUAAUGGCCUUCAAAGCUACCCAGCCUGGAAGCAUUGUUAUGAAAUGGUUUGGAGCAUCCCAGCAGCGUUUAUGUGUUUUUGUCAUCACAUCUCUUCAGAGUUUAAUAUGUUUUCUGUGGCUGCUGAUUGCACCCCCAUCCGCAGAUAGGAAUUUCAGCUACUAUAGAGACAAAAUUAUUUUAGAAUGCAAUAUAGGCUCUCAAACUGCAUUUUAUGCUGUCCUUGGUUACAUUGGCCUUCUUUCUGCUCUGUGCUUCAUUCUUGCUUUUCAGGCUCGUACACUACCAGACAAUUUUAAUGAAGCAAAGUUUAUAACAUUUAGCAUGCUGAUAUUUUGUGCAGUGUGGAUUACGUUCAUACCAGUUUAUAUCAGUUCCCCUGGAAAAUAUAUAGUAGUAGUGGAAAUUUUUGCCAUUUUAGCUUCUAGUUUUGGUUUGCUUUUUUGUAUCUUUACACCUAAAUGUUAUAUUAUUUUAUUUAAGCCACAAAGAAACACAAAAAAGUACUUAAUGGGCAAAACUUGUUAA